GGCAGGAGCUUACAGGAGUUUUUACAGCAGAGAGAGAACACGAUCCUUCGAUGCAACACAAAAUCCAUUCAAAAUCGCCAUCGGAUGCGUUCAGACGUCAUUUCACUCUAAAUUUCAUACCCUACGAACCCCACUCUUCCAUAAUUGCUCCUUGUUGCUUCAUCGGGAAACUUUACUUGUGAAUGCGACUCAGAUUUGACUCGCCUAGGAUAAUUUCGUCCGAAGAGGCCGGACGAUCUGCUGUGUGGAGGCCGUGGCACGGUUCCUCCUUUUCUUGAGGUGCCCAUUAUGUCAGAAAUAGCUCUAAGAGACACAAGUAAACUAUCUGACUCAGAGAAGAUGAAUGGAAGCUGCAGUAAUGGACACAUUUUGAAAUCUUCUACUGAAAUUGGGCACACGAAAGAAAUGAACUCGGCUAAUGGAGCCCCAUUCAAGGCAGAAGAAAGAGAAGAUUCUGGUCAAGUAUUGGCAAGUUCAGAAGUAGAGUACAUUGAAUGUGCGGACUUAAAGGAUCUAGAAGAUGUGGAAAACUGUGUGAAGACACUCUUGUCAGAGCUAAGCUCCAGAGACUGGGUUUCAGUGUGUGAUGCUCUCAACAAUUUACGCAGAUUGUGUAUGUUUCACAAGGAAGCUAUUGUCACCAUAUUGAGUGACGUGAUCUCCUUAGUUGUAAAAUCCCUUAAGAACCCAAGAAGUGCCGUUUGUAAAACUGCAAUUAUGACUUCCGCGGACAUUUUCAAAGUAUACAACAAUGACAUCAUUGAUUCACUGGAUCCAUUGCUGGUGCAACUUCUUUUGAAAGCUUCUCAGGACAAGAAAUUUGUUUGUGAAGCUGCUGAAAGUGCAUUAAUAGCCCUGACAAGCUCCGUUUCUCCUAUUCUAUUGCUACCAAAGUUGCAACCUUAUGUUAAGAAUAGGAAUCCUAGAAUUCGGGCCAAAGCUUCUAUGUGCAUUUCUCGAAGUGUACCACGGCUGGGAGCUGAAGAAAUCAACACACUUGGCAUAGACAAACUAAUCCAAAUAGGUGCCUCCCAGCUCAGUGACCAGCUUCCGGAGUCCAGGGAUGCGGCUCGGGCUUUGUUGUUAGAAUUGCAAUCUUUAUAUGAAAGAUCUCAUCCCCCCGAACCAAAUUUUGUGAUGUCAGAGGAACCUGCCACGGCUUCGUGGGAGUAUUUCUGCCAGUCAAAGCUUGCACCAUUGAGUGCCCAAGCUGUUCUCCGUGUGACCAACAUUGCUCGCGAGGGACUUGCUUGUGGCUCAUAGAAUAAGCGCUUGUUUCCCAGAAAGGAAAAAAAUCAAAGGAGAGACAAAAUGCUAUGCUCGGGUUUGCAAGAACAACAAAAGCUUCUUACAAUGCUCACCCACUCCACCAUGUGAACUACCCCACCAAUACCUUCAAUACCAUGAUGAAUUAUUAGC